AUGGUUAACUAUAAUACUGGGUUUGCUUAUGGAUAAGGAGACUGUAGACAAGGCUAGCUUGGUACUGGAAGGAUAGUAAUUGAUUAUUUUCCUGCUGAAAUACCUCUUCCUUCAUUCGAAGGACAUCUAAAAUAAGUCAGUUAUGGUGAUAAUCACACGCUUUUUCUAACAGACUAAGGCGAAGUAUUUGCUUGUGGUAACAACUCUGUUGGCUAACUAGGAACUAGUUAAAUCGAGUAUGUUUGGGGCACAGCUUUCUUUGGAUAUUUUGAUGAACCAUAAUUUAUUUAGGCUGAUGGCAUUUUUUGGAAAGGAUUCACUUAAGAGAAUAAUUUUAUUUGA